UCGUUUUUAAGUAAAAAAAAAUCGAUAACGUAACGUAUUUUUGGUUUUUGAUUUCAUUUCGUUAAACACGUUAAUUCUAUCGACAAAUAAGAGGUUAUCGCUUAAAUUGACCGGCUAUUUAAAACCCGUUUCGAUAAAUAACCUCACAAUAUUGCUUUGAAUUUAGUUCGCGUCACAUCGAGUUUUUUUUCAUUUAAGAACAUUUUAAGAACAUCGUGUUACAAAUCAACAAGAUGAGCACGAAUCUAUUAAAUUCCAACGUUUGGGACUCCGACCCCGAAUUAUUCGACAUGAUGAAAAACGAAAAGAAAAGGCAAAUGAGAAGUUUGGAGCUAAUUGCCUCAGAAAAUUUCACUUCUUUACCAGUAUUACAAUGUUUAAGUUCGUGUUUGCAUAAUAAAUAUUCCGAAGGGCUCCCCGGGCAGAGAUAUUACGGUGGAAACGAAUUCAUUGAUGAAGUAGAAAUUCUCGCACAAAAAAGGGCUUUACAAGCUUUUAGGUUAAAACCGGAGAAAUGGGGAGUCAACGUUCAAUCUUUAUCGGGAUCACCCGCAAAUUUCCAAGUUUAUACAGCAAUUGCUGAACCACACGGAAGAAUUAUGGGCUUAGAUUUACCUGAUGGUGGGCAUUUAACCCAUGGAUUUCAAACACCAUCGAAAAAAAUAUCAGCUACCUCCUUAUUUUUCGAAUCUAUGUCUUAUAAGGUUGAUCCUAAUACAGGCUUAAUAGAUUAUGAAUUCCUUGCAAAAAUGGCACGUCAAUUCCGCCCGAAAGUAAUCGUAGCUGGAGUGAGUUGUUAUUCUCGCCAAUUAGAUUACAAAAAAUUCCGGAGUAUUUGCGAUGAAGUUGGAGCGUAUUUGUUUUCUGAUAUGGCUCAUAUUGCGGGAUUAGUUGCAGCGGGUGUAACGUCCGAUCCUUUCGAGUACAGCGAUGUUGUUACCACGACGACCCAUAAAAGUCUUCGAGGUCCCCGCGCUGCAAUGAUUUUUUACCGUAAAGGAGUUCGCUCAACCAACGCAAAAGGGGAAAAUAUAAUGUAUGAUUUAGAAUCGAAAAUAAACCAAGCUGUUUUUCCUGGAUUACAAGGUGGCCCUCAUAACAAUGCAAUUGCCGCCAUCGCAACUGCAAUGAAACAAGCUCAAUCCCCUGAAUUUAUUCAAUAUCAAAAGCAAGUUAUUGCAAACGCUAGGAGACUUGCGGAGGGUUUAGUAUCGAAGGGUUAUGAUAUAGCUACAGGGGGCACUGAUGUUCAUAUGUUGCUGGUUGAUUUAAGAAAAAUUGGGUUAUCAGGGGCGAAAGCUGAAAAGAUUUUGGAGGAUAUUUCAAUUGCUUGUAAUAAAAACACGGUUCCUGGAGAUAAAAGUGCUUUAAAUCCGUCCGGUUUUCGACUUGGAACUCCGGCCAUCACCACCAGGGGGUUCACCGAAAAAGAUGUCGAUCGUGUCGUUGAUUUCAUCGAUCGCGGGCUUAAAUUAGGUUUGGAAAUUAGCGUUAUUUCCGGACCCAAAUUGGUUGAUUAUAAGAAAGUUAUUGAAUCUAACGAGGAGAUUAAGGGAAAAAUUGCCCUUUUAAAGAAGGAAGUUGAGGAGUUUUGCGAGAAAUUCCCCCUCCCCGGAUUACCCGAAUACUAAAAUUAAGAUACUUUAUAAUACAGAUUCUUUAAGAAUAAAAUAUUUUUAAUUCUUA